AUGGCAUCCUCCGGCCAACUAUCAGAGAUUCCACAUCUCGUGGCUCUCAUCAGGACCCUCACAAAUCCGCAAUUGAAAGAACUUCUACGAAAUGAGGGCCUCGCGGUGUCCGGUGUCAAGGCAUCGCUGCAGCUCCGCAUCAUUGACUAUCUUGAGCGCCUCGCCAAUUCCGAAGGCAAUGGAGCCCGUUACGAUGCCCUGAGACGACUUAUCUAUCAGGUCGCAAUCCCCGGAGCUUCGGCUUUUCAGUCCUCUUCGCCUAGCUAUCAACUCCCACCUCCACCUACUGCUCAGCCUACACCGUCGCAAUCUCGACCUACAUCUUUGGGUGCCAUGGCUCCCCAAUCCAGCUCACACGGUCGCCUGGUUUUCAAAGAAAGCCCCUUCUUCACGAUCAUGUCCCCUUUGACUUCGGUGAUGGAAUGCAAAGUCCGUGAACAAACCAGGGAUAGCAUUGAGCUCAAGGUCUCGCUGAGUGCAUCCACGGCGUCGGAUCUGCAAACCGACCCAAACCUUCGGGUGAUGAUCUACUGUGCGGCGGACUCGGGCCUGAAGCAAUACACCAAGUCUGAUAUUGCGUUCCCCCAUCAAGUGGAACUCAAAGCCAAUCUGGAUGAAGUCAAAGCCAAUCUCCGUGGUCUGAAGAAUAGACCUGGCACGACCCAACCAGCAGAUGUCACAGCGCAUAUACGCAAGAAGGCAAAUUAUCCUAACAACAUCGUGAUGACUUAUGCAUUAACAACAAAGAAAUUCUUCGUGAUUGCUAACCUUGUCCGACAACAUCCCGUUGAAGAACUUGUCAUGCAACUCAAAUCCCGCAAGAUCAUCUCGAAGGAACAGGUGAUCCGCGAAAUGAAAAAUCGCGCAGAGGAUACUGAUAUAGUUGCGACAUCAAGUAUCAUGUCACUCAAGUGCCCGCUCUCAACGCUCAGAAUCCAAGUUCCUUGUCGCUCAGUGAUCUGCACCCAUAACCAGUGCUUCGAUGCGUCAUCUUUCCUUGAGCUGCAAAAGCAGGCUCCCACUUGGACCUGUCCAGUGUGCUCAAAGUCCACGAGUUUCGAGUCUUUGCAGGUAGACCAAUAUGUUGAUGACAUUCUCGGAUCCACAUCACGAGAUGUCGAUUCAGUGGUUGUAGAACCGGAUGGCACGUGGUCCGCGCCCAGCGAUGCAAAUACAGUGAAUCUCGGCGGGCGAACUCCAACAAGCGACGACGAUGAUGACGACGAUGACCUGAUUGAGAUCAGCGAGCCUGGCAUUCCUUCUAUGAAACAAGAAUCAAUGUCUACAAACAUCAUGCUGGAGCGAACUCCGGCGCAGUCCAAGUCUCGAGAAGCAUCGACUCCAUCCUCAGCGGCUCGCUUAUCAAGUAAGAAGCGCCCUGCAGCCCAGGUCAUCGAUCUCACUGGCAGUGACGACGACGAUGAUGAAUCGCCCGCCCCUCCCGUGAAACGUCCAGCCUUGAACUUUGGUGUUCGCGGGAUAGCACCGCAUGAUUCUCACACGCCAGUGGCUAACAGCCCCCUGAACAAUCGAGCUUAUCCACCUCCUCCGUUCUAG